AUGGAGAUGCUCCAGCGGUGUCUGGCAGGCCCUGAGACGCUGGCCUUGUCCCAGGGGCUGCUGCUGCUGUGGCUGCUGCUGAAUGUGGGUGGGGUGUGGACCUCCAGGGGGCCACUGCGGCCGCUGUGCCGGCCCAUCAACGCCACCCUGGCUGCUGAGAACGAGGCCUGCCCCGUCUGUGUCACCUUCACCACCACCAUCUGUGCCGGCUACUGCCCCAGCAUGAUGCGAGUGCUGCCGGCGGCCCUGCCCCCUGUGCCCCAGCCCGUGUGCACCUACCGUGAGCUGCGCUUUGCCUCCGUCCGGCUCCCCGGAUGCCCGCCGGGUGUGGACCCCGUGGUCUCCUUCCCCGUGGCCCUCAGCUGUCGCUGCGGGCCCUGCCGCCUCAGCAGCUCCGACUGUGGGGGUCCCAGGGCCCAACCCUUGGCCUGUGACCGCCCCCCACUCCCGGGCCUCCCGUUCCUCUAAGGACCCCUCACCCCAAUGCCUGGAGCCAGCAGCCGCUCUUUUCUACCCCUCCCAAUAAAAGCUUCUCACA